AUGACAGCCCCCAUCCCCUCACGGAGCUGCUUCCCCACGUUCCUCCCGGUUGUGUUGGCCCCCCGACCCCCCAAAACCUCCCGGAGCCCCACAGAGCCCCCCACGCUCAUCCCACCGCGCUCCACCGGAAAGGAGGAUGAUGAGGAGGAGGAAGAUGAGGAGGAGGAGGAGGAUGACGAGGACGUGGCCAGUGACAUCGAGGACAUCCCGUUGCUGGCAGAGGUGGCCCCGCAACAGCAGCGCCCCGGCAGGGAGGAUGAGGACGGCUGGGCUGCCACCACCACUGUCCCCACUGUCCCCGCUGCCAGCCCCGGGCCGGACGCGUGCAGCCCGGAUCUGUUCGAGCGCCUCCAGCACGCCGUGAGCUCCCUGGAACGCGCCGUCUUCUCUCGCCACCGGCGACCACCGGCGUGGCCACUGCCAGCCCCGGCCUGGCACCGAGCGGUCAAGAGCCUGGAGGAGCUGAGCCGGACACCGCGCUGGGCUCGCCGCUGGUGGCCGGAGCUGCCGGUGGCCCAGGGGCUGCCGGAGGAGGUGGCGGCGGCUGUGGCGAGGAACGCGAGCCUGCGGGCGACCGUGGAGCAACGGGACGAGGAGCUGGGCCAGGCCACGGCCGCGCUGCGGGCGCUGCGGGGCGAGCGGGAGCGCCUGAAGGGCAAGGUGCGGGACCUGCGGGAGGCUCUGGCCAGGCUGGAGGAGCCGGGGGGGUCUGGCAGUGACAUCCCCGGGGCUGGUGACACCUCCGGAACCGGCGACACCUCCGGGAUCGGUGGCACCCCCGGGACCGGCGACAGUCCCGGGAUUGGUGACACCUCCAGGACUAGCGACACUUCCGGGCUUGGUGGCAACCCUGGGAUCGGUGACACCUCCGGGAUUGGUGACACCCCCGGGUUUGGUGAUACCCCCGGGAAUGGUGACACCCCCGGAAUUGGUGACAACCCCGGGAUUGGUGACACCCUCGGGAUCGGUGACACCCCUGGGACUGGCGACACCCCCGGGACUGGCAACACCCUUGGGAUCGGUGACACCCCCGGGCCCAGCAGCCCCCCGGGGCAGCGGCCCCACACCCCGCUGUCCCCCCAGCCCUCGGCGGGGCCCAGCCCGGAGCAGGAGGAGCGGCUGCAGCAGCUGCGGGGGGUCCUGGCGAGGCUGCAGGACGCGAACCGGGGGCUGGUGGCCGCGCUGGGCGAGUGCAAGGGCGAGGCGGAGCGGCUGAGCAUGGAGCUGGGGCUGAGAGAGUCCCGCUGCAGCGGGAUGAGACUGGCGCUGCGCUGCAGCGAGCGCUGCGGGGCAGCCUACGCUGCCCUCCUGGACCUGGUUCGGGCAAAGGUGACAGCGGAGGGUGACACCCGUGGGGGAACUGCUGCAGAACCGAACCCGGAGCGGACACCGGGACCCGGCCCCGCCACAACAGAGCCGAACCCAGCACCGGGACCCGCCCCGUUCCAAACGGAACCCCCGGGGCCAACGGAGCCAGAACUUCACGAGGACCCCGCGGACAGCCCGGGAGCUCACAGCUGCAGGGGCAUGGAGGAGGGAGCGCUGCGGGAGCACAUCCGGCGGCUCCGCGCCGAGCAGGCGGCGGUGGAGGGGUCCCUGCUGGACACCCCCGAGCCCCCCGAGCCCCCCCGGGCCCGGGACCCCCGAGCACGGGCGGAACGGGCGCUGAGGGAAGCGCGGGAGCUGCUGCAGGGCUGGAGGCGGCCGCAGAAGGAGGAGCUGCUGCAGGAGCUGGCGGGGCUCAAGGAAUCCCUGGCAGAGCUCCGGACCCGGCUGCGCGUGGCCCAGAGGGAGAACCGGGCCCUGGAGCUGCUCUUGGCCGCGCACGGACCACGGGAAGCCGCACUGCGCCUCCUGCUCCAGCACCGGGAACGGGAACGGGACGGGCGGGACGGAACCUCCGGCAGCUCCGGCAGCACCUCCGGCAGCAGCUCCGAGGAGGGAGCGCGGAUCGGCCGAGGGGCAGCGAUGGCUCCGGGGAACCCCCCGGACCCCGAGAGAACGAGGGAGGAGCUGCUGCGGGUCCGGGCCAGGACGGAGCAGCUGCGUGGCCGCGCUCAGGAGCUGGCGCUGGCGCUGGAGCAGAGCAGCGCUGCCAGCCGUGCCCAGCAGGCGCACAGUGCCACUGUCACCAGGGAGCUGCUCCGGGCACACAGCUCCCUGGCCCUGGCUCUCCUCGGGGCUCGCCGCGGGCGCUCGGAGCGGCUGCGGGGGCUGGAGGCGCGGGCGGCGGCGCUGCGGGACCGGCACGGCCGCAGGGAGCGAGCUCUGGCCCGCAGGCUGCGGCAGCUGCAGCGCCCCGGAGAGACCUGCAUCUAG